AGAUCGAAAAAAUUCAGAGAGACGAGGGCAAAGACGAGGAGAAAUUCAUCGAUGUCGUCAUCAACAAGAACAUGAAACUGGGCCAGAAAGUUUUAAUACCAGUCAAGCAGUUUCCUAAAUUUAACUUUGUUGGCAAACUCCUCGGGCCACGUGGGAACUCGUUAAAGAGACUACAAGAAGACACCCUGACAAAGAUGUCAAUUCUGGGAAAAGGAUCCAUGAGAGACAAAGAAAAG